AUGCAGCUUUCCUCAGUUGGUACCCACACUGUGGUGGGAUUUUUGAGAGAUGCCGCUGUCUACGAUUCAAUCACACCCCUGUUUAUGUCUGCCAAAAGCACAUUGACAAUAAAGCUAGCACAUAUCAUUGUCACAAAUUUGAAAGCAGGGGCACGUCUGCUGCUGUUGCAGCUCUCAAACUUGCUUCUGUGGGAGAAUGUGGCCUCUGUGGCCAGAUGUAUGAUGAAAGAUGGAGGUUGCCAGGAGGUCCUCAAUGACAUUUUUAAUAUGACAAGCACCAUAUCUGAGAACUUCAAAAAUCUCUCUUCAGAAACAUUAAAUGAAUUUGAUACAGAGUAUGAUGCACACCAGAAAUUCCAGAACAGGCCCACCAUGACCUGUCACACUUCAUCCCAUUCUAUCCCAAACAACAAAAGGAAGGCAGAAAGAAUGCAGCCUCUGGUGCUUCUGAAUGUGAUAAUCAGAAUGCGGGCUGCAUGGAAAAAUCUUCCGAGAAAGAAUGUAGAAAACAACAUGGCUGAUCUUGAUGGCACUCCUUAUACUAUCAUAUCAAAAGUUAAAUUGAUUGAUAGGCAAAUCAAAAACCUCACAAAAUGUCUACAGGACAUUAAGACUAUACUCAGUCAGGUUCAUCCUGAACUUAAGGAAAAUGUGGACUACCCUGCCUGGUCAGGAGAGCCUUAUGUACAGCAAUCAAAAAGAAGAAGUCAACUUUUUGGUUUGCAUAGUUUGUUCUUCUGCUUGUCCAAUGAUGCACAGAGGGUUUCUGAUUUCAUCAAUAUCCUGAGCAACCAAAUUGUCCCUAAUAAUUGA